AUUACGUACGGUUUGAAGUUCUUGCUACACCGGGAUUCCUAUGACGUAUUACCGAAUUGUGCACUUGCCUCACACGUGCUUGUUUUGUCAUGUCAUGUUCUUGAUAGCCGGCGCCUUGCACUCGCUCCAUGCAUGCAUGCGCGGUACAUGAUAUUUAGCCACCGCGAAAAGAAGUAAUCCCACAUUUUCCGUUCAACACCGGCUGAGUCGACUUUGUGUGACUUGUUUCGAUUCAAUCAAAUUAACAAAUUUAUGUGCAAAAAUGUCCAGAUAUGAAAGAGAGCGUCCAUUUGAUUCUUCAGGGCGGUCUGAUAGAAGAGGAGGAGGCGGAGGGUUUCGUGGAGGCAGUGGCAGUUUUGGAGGUGGCGGAGGACCACCACGAUUUGGUGGGCGUGGCGGAGCCAGAGGAGGAGGAGGUGGAAUGGGAGGCGGCGGAGGAUUGAGGGAGAAGUUCGGACAGCCAGGGGACAGACUAAGGAAGCCUAGAUGGGACCCUUCAAAACUUGCUCCCUUUGAGAAGAACUUCUACAAGGAGCAUCCCGAUGUCACCAACAGAUCUCCGGUAGAGGUAGACCAUUUCAUGAGGGAGCGGAGCAUAACGACGAAGGGACGGAAUUGCCCCAGACCCGUCUUCAAAUUCCACGAGGCCUGCUUUCCAGAUUACGUAAUGAACGAACUUCAUAAAGCUGGCUUCACUGAGCCCACUGCCAUCCAGGCUCAAGGUUGGCCGUUGGCCAUGAGUGGCAGGGACAUGGUGGGCAUCGCCCAGACAGGCUCCGGCAAAACGCUAUCAUAUAUACUGCCGGCUAUUGUACACAUCAACCAUCAGCCAUUCCUGGAAAGAGGAGACGGCCCUAUUUGUCUAGUUCUAGCUCCAACUCGAGAACUUGCCCAGCAGGUACAGAGUGUCGCCUUUCAGUUUGGUAGAUCCUCCAAAAUCAAGAGCACAUGUGUGUACGGAGGUGCAUCCAAAGGACCCCAGCUACGAGAUCUAGAAAGGGGAAGCGAGAUUGUCAUUGCAACUCCGGGGCGUCUCAUCGACUUCCUAGAAGGCGGCAAAACCAAUUUGGCCCGAUGCACCUAUGCCGUCUUGGACGAGGCUGACCGCAUGUUGGAUAUGGGGUUUGAGCCCCAAAUCAGGAAGAUCAUGGAACAGAUACGGCCCGACAGACAAGUUCUGAUGUGGAGUGCCACGUGGCCAAAAGAAGUGUGCUCUCUGGCGGAGGAUUUCUUGCGAGACUACAUCACUGUCAAUAUCGGGUCUCUCUCCCUCUCGGCCAACCACAACAUCUUGCAGAUCAUUGAUGUCUGCGACGACUUUCAGAAAGACGAAAAAUUGAUCAAACUGCUGGAGCAGAUCAUGGGAGAGAAGGAGAACAAGACGCUGAUAUUCGCCGAGACAAAACGGAGAACGGAUGAGCUGACCAGGAAAAUGCGCAAGGAUGGGUGGCCGGCGAUGUGUAUACACGGUGACAAAUCUCAGCCUGAGCGAGACUGGGUAUUGAAUGAAUUUCGUUCGGGGAAGGCACCUAUCCUGGUGGCCACAGACGUUGCCUCAAGAGGACUCGAUGUGCACGACAUCAAGUUUGUCAUAAAUUAUGACUAUCCCAACUCCUCGGAGGACUACGUGCACCGCAUAGGGCGAACGGCGCGCAGUGAGAACACCGGUACCGCCUACACGUUCUUCACGUCCAACAACGCCAAGCAGGCCAGCGAGCUCAUCCAGGUCCUUCAGGAGGCCAACCAGAAGGUUCAUCCUAAGCUCGUACAACUGGCCCAGAGCGCUCGGGCUUUUGGCAAAGGACGGCAACGUUACCGGCAAGGCGGCAGCAGCUUUGGAGGAGGUAAUAGAGGAGGCUCGUCAGAUGGAUACGGCGGCGGUAGAGGCAGGGGCUCUGGCUACGGUGGAUCAAACAACGAAAAGUAUGGCAACAAUGACUUCUCUCAAACCAAUUCUAGGGGAGGGGGCAAUGCGGGCGGAAGGGGUGGCUUUAGGGAACGAGGCGGGGACUAUGGCAGCAACAGUCGAGCCCCCUCUUACGGAGAAGGGAAUCACGGGAAUGGGGCCUUUGGCAGUGGUGGUCCGCGCAGGUCUGGCCCCCAGUCUGGAUUCCAGGGUGGCUACCCUGAUCGUGGUGUGCAGAACGACAAACAUAGCCAGGCCAAAGAGCACAGGGGUUUCCAGCCACCACACAAUGACGGCCCUCCCAACCACCCAGGCAGGAGGCCCCCACCCAUGCCCAUGAACCAACCCCAGCAGUCGGGUAAUACCGGGCCCAAGCACAUGAAGCCGGGCCAUUUCUCCGAUGGUGGUAUGAAUCGGGAGCAGAAGCCCGGCCCGUUGCAUAUGAUCCAACGCCCCGGGGGUCAUAACCCGCAGCAGAACUCGCAUGGAAAUCACAUGCCGCCGCCGCCGCUACGCCAACAGCAGCAAGGGCAGCCUAAAGCACAACCCCCCAAACCGCCCCAGAAAGUUGACACAAGCACGCUGCAGCAGCAGGCCAAAGCCUUUGCCGCGCAACAGCAACAGCAGCAGCAGGCCCAGCCGCCGCCAGCCGCCAUGGAUCCGCAGCAACUGCAAGCAGCGGCUGGCAUGGAUCCGGCCGCGUAUUCGGCAGCGCAGCAGCAGUACAUGCAAUACUAUCAGGCCAUGGCGUAUUGGCAGCAACAGCAGUAUCAAGGAACCCCGCCCCCUACCAAUGCUAAAUAAGAUGGGAAAACAGUGUUAGAAUUGUAGUGUAACACUUGAGCUUUCAUUGAUGCUGACGCACGUGAAUACAAGAUCAUGUAGCACUCUUUAAGUUGGGGUUUCUGUGGUAAAUGUACGUGCGUCUUCAUAUCGCCUGCCAGAUGUCAGGCAUACUCUCCGGCCAAGGGUGUGCCAUUUUUUGAUUGUGUACCCCUAGAAAGGCAAGAGCAGCAGAGUUCAGUUUAACGUCGUUAAUUGGUCAUCAGCACAAGUAUUGGAAUAAUUGUGGAAGUAGAGCGAAGUCCCACAUCAACCUUUGACUUCAUCAAUUAAAUAUGACAGUCGGGCAUCUUUUUUUUUGACAUUGAGUGACAUUUCACAUUGAGUGACAUUUCACAUUGAGUGACAUUUCACAUUGAGUGACAUUUCACAUUGAGUGACAUUUCACAUUGAGUGAGCUAAUUGAGGAAAUCUUAAACUGUAGCACAGUCACCUUUGCCAAAAGAAAAGGGUUUUCUUUAAGCGGGAUUUAUGUUUUGAUAUGUUACUUGUUUAGUUCUAGACUAUCGUCAACAUUUCGUUAAUCAGGUUAUUAAUGAUUAUCUGUCACUGAGAAUGGUAGUGUCUGAGAGGGGCACUUUGAUGUACGGAAUUUUGGAUGUGGAUGUACCUUACAGUGAAAGUGGACUUGGUAUUUUACAGAAGCAUAAUGUAUCGGCUCAUCAUUAGCUAAUAAUAGUGUAACCAGAUUUUAAUUUAUUCAUGGCUCUGGAAAAAGUCUGCUCUCAGUCGUGAAACGGAACUGAUUGUGUGUACUCUGAGCUUGAACAUUGGGUCUGUCAUGGAGAGGUGCGAGUUGUUAAGUGGUGGGUGCUCUUGCAUUGUUUCAAAAGUUCACCACCAAGUUUUACUGUUUAGAGCGUUCACCUGUAAAUAAACUUGGUCCAGGGGCCAAGUCAUUUAUCAAAUAAUGUGGUCUAUACCUGCAGCAGGAGUGCGUAUGCUUCUUAGCUGUGCAUGUCAUAUACGGUUUGUUACGGAGAGGCCGUCCCGAAGUGUAGCGACAGUGUUUAUUGGAAAGGCACCGUUGGCUUUUUCGGGGGGUAACACUUUUCCGUGACUGUUCUUUUACACUACAGGUGGGGCGCCUUUAAAUCCAACAGUGGUUACGGCAGAUAAAAAGAGAACCCCCGCUGUGGUGUGAAGGUGGCCAAGAAAGUGACCAUGAGCAAGGCAGUAAACCACGGACCAGAGACUGUUAUUGAAUUAUUGCAUUCCUUAUGGCAUGUCAGGAGCACUCCGCUGCAGUCAGACCAACAUUUCAGAUUUUAGCGGAUUUCCCUUUUGAUUUUUAAUAACGUCAUUGUAUUAUUAAUGUGUACAUGUGUGUUCACUGUGUGAGUACAGCACCCUUUGUUCAAGAGCUGUUGUAAAGAUAACAUGCGCUGGUAUAUUUAUGUUGUCAAGUCUUUUUUUUUUUUUUUGGUUGCCAGCCGAAGAAACCCAGGGAUAUUCCUAUGAAUAAUACAUGCAUUUGUUUUACCGAGCAUGAUGUAUUUGUAAGGAAUGGGGUCAGUGUCCGUAACCUUGUAUGGGCGGGGCUGAAUGGCCGCUUAGCAUCGGCUUCAAUUUGAGAGGCUGGGACUCUUCAGCAUUUAGCAAAUUAUCGCAAAAGGACACUUCACCGACCGUACGCCUUUUCAUGAAAACAACUUCAAGUUGACUUAAAACAUUCCUACAAUAAUCCCUCGCCAUGUUGUCGUAACACCCUCCCACAAACAGACGCACACACUGUUGGGGACACCGUCAUGCAUUUGGCCUUACUUUUCGUGUCUUAUUUUUGUUACUGUAUACAUGUACUAUUUAAAUGACGUCACGGUGGUUAUUUUUGUCAUGUUUUCAUUUUUUUAAAUGCAGAAACUGUCUACAAGCAGAAUGGUCAAUGUAAUUUUUAUCGUGUGGAUGCCCUCCAAUUCAUGACUCAAAACAUGUUCAUCUGCAAACUGGGAGGUCGCUGAGGGUUAUUUCAGUGGCUUGACAGGGUAAAUUUUGCCACCUUCAAUAUGAAAUACACCUCGUACAUUGUACUUUCCCCAAGAAACACUUUGCAGAAAUUCAGAGUGCAGUCUCUCUCAGAGCCACCGUCGAUUCGAAAUCCAGGUAUUACUUUGUUCCGCUGUUCCUAUGAAGAAUUUAGGGGAGGGGCACACAUAAAGGUACGGGGAUCAAAGAAUUCGUCUCGAGCUUUGUAAAAUACGGCCCAGCUGUUGCAUUUGCCUGAACACUUUUCUUCAACACAAAACUUUGUUGGGCGUAGGAGGGCUUCACAGUAACAGCAUUUUCUGUAGUUGUGGUUAAAUUAAAAUCGUGUAAUUUUA